AUGAUGCACAUGUUCUUGUACGUUCGCCAUGCUUUGCUUGUGUACAGUGAUGACACCGAGAAGUCGGUCGUGGACAUCACUUUUACCCUGGUCCCGCAGGACAAGUUGGACAAGCUUUCUUCGGGUAUUCGUGAUCUCAUUAGUCGUGAUCGCGUGGAUAAGCGCACUGCUUACAGCAUGGACCCUGGCCUACGGGAACUGCCAUUCCUUUGGGAUCCAAGCUUCUUUCUGUUCGCCAUGUUGACAUUAGGACUCGCCAGGAUCGCAAAGGUGCCCCUGGCCUCUCCUAUUGAGGCAGCAGCAGAUGCCAUGGCUUCUGGCGAUUGCUUUGCAAUUGGAGGAUAUGUUAACCUUCCAAGCGGCCACAACCUUUGGUUUUCUCAGAGCUGGGUCAUGUCAGAUUCCUCUUUCGCGGGAUUGGACUUGAGCAACGAUGCUCAGUCUUACAUUGCUUCUUGGGAGACGCUUGCCCAAAUUGCUUUGCUACACUGUGUCUCGGCUGCGGUUCCUUUCGGACGUCUUCGAGUCCGCAUCAAAUCCUGGAGUGAUAAUGCUGGAGCGGAGAGUAUCUCGAACAAGCUCUACACCAGGAAAUUUCCUUUAUGUAUCUUCGCUCAGCGCUUGGCACUUUUCAGCGCAUACUCAUCUAUGACUCUGGAUGUGUCGCAUAUUCCUGGUGAAUACAACGAUGAUGCAGACAUGCUUUCGCGGAUUACGGAUUUCUCUGCGCUUCCCAGCCGCUUUUCUUUGGAUCGGCGCCUGGUGCUGGAUCUUCAGCAACUUUGGUUUCGACGAAAGGCGAUUUCCUUGUCGCCUCCUGACUUUUCUCUGCCUUGGGAUCUGCCGACCAAU